AUGAAACUACUCCUCGUUGCUGCCCUAUUUGUCGUCUGCGCCUUGGCAACGGAAGAAGCCGCCACUGCUCGGCAGCACGCCGCCGGGCUGAACACGCGCGUCGGACGGGACGUGACCAAGGAGGUUCACCAUGAGGAGAAGAAGGUGACGGCCGACGCGAGCUCGGCUCCUUCUGAAGAAGCCGGCAAUUCGACGCCCGCUGCCGAUGGAACUGCCGUGACGCCAGCUGGGGGAGCCGCGGUGACUCCAGCAGCGGAAGGUGCUGCCGUGACGCCAGCUGCGGCAGCUACGCCAGCAGCAGCCGCCGGCCAAAGCGUUACCGUAGCCACCGAAACUACUUCGAAUGUCCAUGCCGACCCGGCAGUCGCCGCCCCCAACGAGAACGGGCCGGCCGCCAUCCCGGAAGGGCUGCAGAAAGUGAAGGAGAACAUCCAGAAACAGACCGAA